GCGUCCGGGUGGCGCUCGCCACUCGGGCGGUGGCGCGGGCGCCCAGGGCGGGUACUGAGGGGACCUGGAGGCGCGGCCCCGGAGCUAGGCGGACGGCGGGGCUGGGGUAGCGACCACGCGGGGCCGCUGUGCCUUGGACUCGUGAGGCUGCUGCGGGGCGCGCGGCCCUUCGCCAUGUACACCUUCGUGGUGCGCGACGAGAAUAGCAGCGUCUACGCCGAGGUCUCCCGGCUGCUGCUGGCCACCGGCCACUGGAAGAGGCUGCGGCGGGACAAUCCCAGGUUCAACUUGAUGCUGGGCGAGAGGAACCGGCUGCCCUUCGGGAGACUGGGUCACGAGCCUGGGCUGGUACAGCUGGUGAAUUACUACAGGGGGGCGGACAAACUGUGCCGGAAAGCUUCCUUAGUGAAGCUAGUCAAGACCAGUCCUGAGCUGUCUGAAUCCUGCACAUGGUUUCCAGAGUCUUAUGUGAUUUAUCCAACUAACCUCAAGACGCCGGUUGCUCCAGCCCAGAAUGGCAUCCAGCUUCCGGUCAGUAACUCCAGGACGGAUGAGAGAGAAUUCUUCCUGGCUUCUUAUAAUAGAAAGAAAGAGGAUGGGGAAGGCAACGUUUGGAUUGCAAAGUCAUCAGCUGGUGCCAAGGGUGAAGGCAUCCUCAUCUCCUCGGAGGCGUCAGAACUUCUGGAUUUCAUAGACAACCAGGGUCAAGUGCAUGUGAUCCAGAAAUACCUCGAGUGCCCUCUGCUCCUUGAACCAGGUCACCGCAAGUUUGACAUUCGAAGCUGGGUCCUGGUUGACCAUCAAUAUAACAUCUACCUCUAUAGAGAGGGUGUGCUUCGAACAGCUUCAGAACCAUAUCAUGUAGAUAAUUUCCAAGAUAAGACCUGCCAUUUGACCAACCACUGCAUUCAGAAAGAGUUCUCAAAGAACUAUGGGAAAUACGAAGAAGGGAAUGAAAUGUUCUUUGAGGAGUUCAACCAGUACCUAAGCAGCGCUCUCAAUAUCACCCUAGAAAGUGGCAUUUUGACACAAAUCAAACAUAUAAUAAGGAGCUGCCUCAUGAGUGUGGAGCCUGCCAUCAGCACCAGGCACCUCCCUUACCAGAGCUUCCAGCUUUUUGGCUUCGACUUCAUGGUGGACGAGGAGCUGAAGGUCUGGCUCAUUGAGGUCAACGGCGCCCCUGCGUGUGCUCAGAAGCUCUACGCAGAACUGUGCCAAGGAAUCGUGGACAUAGCCAUAUCCAGUGUCUUCCCGCCCCCGGACACAGAGCAGGUGCCGCAGCCGGCUGCGUUCAUCAAGCUCUGAAGGAUGGAGGGUGCAGAGCCACCUUGGGAAAUGUGUGGAGCCCUGCUCCAGAGGAGGGUGAGAUGACUGGACUGCUCCUCAUCAAGGCGUGCUGGGAACAGAUGUGCAGGAAGAGCGUGUGAAGAGAAGGCAGCUGCAGGAGAGCAGGUGGUGCUGUCUCUGGUGCUGCGGAGACCUGAGGAGACGGACCCAGUCGCUGGCAGGGAGAGCCGAACACUUUUCUAAAGGGCCGGAACCAGGGAUUUGGCUGUGGUGUGUCUCAGCCCGUGAGCGGUCUCGGCCUUGGGUGGCACAGGGAGCAGAGCUCCCGGCCCCCAGGAUGCAGCCCAGAGUCCUCUGAGCGCUGCCAUCCCACCUGCUGCAGCGUUAGUGCCUUAGCUCUGUGUCCAGUGCAGCCUCACCGGACACAGACUGGACCUUAGAGCAUUCUGGAGGUUGCCACAUGUUCCCUGCACAUCCCCUCUGCGACACUGUCCCACUAAACUCUGGACAAGCGUGAGGCACAGUCCACACUGUGCACAGGCCUGUCAGUGAAGGCCUCUUGCUUGUCACCUUCCUGGUGGCUUAUGAGCGAGCACUUGCCAGGGGUCCUGUGGGCACCAAACAGUGUGUGUUGCUCACUGCAUGUUUUAGAAACAAGCAGCAGGCCUGAUGAAUCUGCAAGCAUCAAAUAAGCAUGAGAGAGAAAGAGAGAAAAAAGGAAACCUGGCAUCUGACUUUACUUAAUGGUGUGGGUGGGCGGGAGUCUCUGAAGUCUCACGAGCCUCAGCAAUCUUUGAAUUAAUCAGAACUCUGCAUGCAGCUUUGCCGUCCCUCCUCCUCUCCCACCUUUGACCUUGGUAGCAAUCCUCUCUGGGAGUCAGGGAAGGUAGAAUUCCAUUCCCCAUCCUGCUCCUCGCCUCCUAGCUCUCCCCAUAUCUGUCCUCCUUGGCUUCAAGGGCCUGGAGGGGCAGGUUCCAUUCCAGAAAGAGCCCUGUCUGCUUAAGCAUGUGGGUAACAGGAGAGAUGCCCUCUGGAUGAGGGUGUGUCCUGCCUGAGUAAAAAGAAGUGUUUUUGGAGCGUUGUACAGCUUCCUGGGUCAAGAAAAGUGCACUAUGAGGUGUGGUUCCCAUGUAUGGAUCCAUUCGUGUUUUAUAGGCUUCUUGGGAGCCCAAUCCUGAAGCAGGGGGAAGAUGUCAUGAGUAUUCAGUAUGAGCUGAGUAAAUAGGCUCCUUCUGCAGAGUGUCCUGGAAACCACAGAAGACACAGUGAAAGCUGCCCUUCUUCGCAGAGCAUAGUGUGUGGUUUUCCCCUGGUGUAUACAAGUGCUUCCUCAUGUGCAUCUGCUUGGUGUGUUCUGCAGUCAAAUGGGACUUGGACAAAAGAGCUGCAGAAGAUAGAAUGAGUGGUGGGAAUUUGCAGCGAGGAACAGAAUGAUGAAAUUAUUUAUUAUGUGCGUCCAUGGGUGACCAAAUGUGUUAUACUGAAGUGAAGAAUGUCCCAAUUCAUGGGAAUCUGGAAUUAGAGGCUAAAGGUGCCAUGGUUGCCUAGAAUAUGGGUAACAAAGUUGGCAGCCAGAGCAAAGUAAAACAUUGACAUUAAGUCAGUCCUUGAGGCCCAGCACAACUGAUGGGUUAGCGCUGAGGAAUUUCUGAGAAGCAGAACGAUUAGCCACACCCUGGAGAGGUUCACACACUGGGAAAUUGGAGGGUGCUGGGUUCACGACUAGUUUAGGUGGAGAGAGCAAGGCGGUCUAGGUAUGUUCUUGAAUCCAAAUCCCAGGGGCAUUCAAAAGUAUUUGGCUGUUAUGGUGGCAGAGUUGACAAAGCAGAUGUCAGUAAGUCUUUAUGAAUCCUGACAGGUUUCAUAAUAAACCAGAACAAACCCAUAACAUCUGUAUAAGGGGAAAUGGGAAGGGUUGAGUUCAUUCCUCACACAGCUUCAACCAUUUUUUGCAUUUACUUCCCACCAAGUAGGAAGGUUGGCUCUGAACCAUUUUGUACCGUUCCAUGGUGCCAUUGGCACAGAUGGUCCCUAGCCAGUCUUCGUGGUUAGUGGGUGUAAGUGCUGCCGUCACUGCGGGAGGGGUUAUUUGUUUGGAGCUAUUGAUUCCACUCCUGCCUCUGUCAUCUGACUGCACAAUGUCACACGAGCCAAAUAAUCUCGCUGUGCCUUAGCUUCUUAUCUCAUGGAGGACAUGUCCGCUGACCCAGGGACUACCUCAAGGGCUUUUUGUGAGAAUAAAGGAGAGCAGGAAUUAGACUCAAGGGCCUUUAGUCCCAAGGUUCUCAAUGCUGACUACAUGCUAUAACCUCCCAUGAAGUUAAAAGAAGUUGAUGGCCCUUCCCACCUCUGGUCAACUGAAUCAGAACCUCAGGUAACUAUAUGUCUUGAGGUGCCUUGAACCAUUACUUUGGGAAGCAGGACAAACACAUUAUUACCUUGGAAGAAUCACUUAAGGAUUUAGGCUAAAAAAAAUCUCUUUGAAGCAAGCAAUUCCGUAAGAACUAUCAGAUAUUGACAUAAAUACUCCUAGUGUAAGUAUUGGCUGAGCAGCUUCUUAGUUUGCGUCUCAUCCAAGCACCUGGAGAAACAAAUGUGCUUUUAUUUACACAAGCAGUUUAUGAAGUCCUUGAUGGCAGAUGUAAACAGACAUGAAUCUCUAAAUCUAAUAAUCUAUAUCAGAGUUAUCCAUUAAUUAUGGGAGAAAAGUCCCUCCCCUUCCCUCACACUUGACUUCAAUGGCAAUUAUAAAGUCCAUUUUGCCAAGGAAUUUUAAGUGCCUCUGUGUUGUGAGCUACAGCAGAGCAGCGGCUGGUGUGCACACCAGCUGACAGUGUUUCUGUAGCUCUGUGGGAUGGCACUCACAUGCACAGGACGUUGGGGAGCAUUGGGAACGGGCUGCGAGCCACGGAACCAGCCAGCGUCAACUGUGAAGUGUUUUUAUGAACAGCUGUGGUUGUGUUCAUGGGUGUGGCAAAUGGGAUCCAUGAACAAAAAUGGUAGGGUGCCAAAGGAGGUUGCAGGUGGCAUGUGGGUGCUGUUGUGAGGACUCGGUGGUUGGUGGAUGUGCCUCCAAUCCUGGACAUAGAACCGCACCUAAGAGGAAGUGAUUUUUGAAAUAAGGCAACUAUAUGAAUGUUUUAAAUGCCUGGAGCAUUAAAGUAUAGAUAUUUCAAGUG